ACACUGAGAGGAGAAAUGGCACACAAAGGAGUUCAGCUGAACCGAGAAACCUUCUCUUGUUCCAUCUGUUUGGAUCUACUGAAGGAUCCGGUGACUACAGCCUGUGGACACAGCUACUGCAAGAACUGUAUUAAAAGUUUCUGGGAUGAAGAGGACAGUAAGGGAAUCCACAGCUGCCCUCAGUGCAGGAAGACUUUCAUACCGAGGCCUGACCUGGAGAAAAACACCAUAUUAGCAACUUUAGUGGAGGAGCUGAAGAAGACUGGACUCCAAGCUGCUCCAGCUGAUCACUGCUAUGCUGGACCUGAAGAUGUGGCCUGUGAUUUCUGCACUGGGAGGAAGCUGAAAGCCAUCAAGUCCUGUUUAUCUUGUCCAGCCUCUUACUGUGAGAAACACCUCCAACCUCACUAUGAUGCAGCUCCAUUAAAGAAACACAAGCUGGUGGCCCCCUCCAAGAAGCUCCAGGAGAACAUCUGCUCUCGUCAUGAUGAGGUGAUGAAGAUUUUCUGUCGUACUGAUCAGCAGAGUAUCUGUUAUCUCUGCACAAUGGAUGAACAUAAAGGCCAUGAAACAGUCCCAGCUGCAGCAGAAAGGACUGAGAAGCAGAAGGAGCUCGAGGUGAGACGACUAAACAUCCAGCAGAGAAUCCAGGAGCGAGAGAAAGAUGUGAAGCUGCUUCAACAGGAGGUGGAGGCCAUCAAUGGCUCUGCUGAUAAAGCAGUGGAGGACAGUGAGAAGAUGUUCACUGAGCUGAUCCGUCUCAUCCAGAAAAGAAGCUCUGAUGUGAAGCAGCAGGUCAGAUCCCAGCAGGAAACUGAAGUGAGUCAAUUCAAAGAGCUUCAGGAGAAGCUGGAGCAGGAGAUCGCUGAGCUGAAGAGGAAAGACGGCGAGCUGGAGCAGCUCUCACACACAGAGGAUCACAACCAGUUUCUACACAACUACCCCUCACUGUCAGCACUCAGUGAGUCUACACACUCAUCCAGCAUCAAUAUUCGUCCUCUGAGGUACUUUGAGGAUGUGACAGCAGCUGUGUCAGAGACCAGAGAUAAACUACAGGACAUUCUGAGAGAGGAAUGGACAAACAUCUCACUGACAGUCACUGAAGUGGAUGUUUUACUGUCACCACCAGAGCCAAAGACCAGAGCUGGAUUCUUAAAAUAUUCACGUCAAAUCACACUGGAUCCAAACACAGCAAACAAAUACCUGUUAUUAUUUGACGGAAACAGAAAAGUCACAAAAAUGAACCAACAACAGUCUUACUCUGAUCAUCCAGACAGAUUUGCUGAUUGGUGUUAUCAAGUCCUGAGUAGAGAGAGUCUGACUGGACGUUGUUACUGGGAGGUGGAGUGGAGAGGAGGAGAAGUUGGUGUAGCAAUUGCAUACAAUAAUGUCAGCAAAGUAGGGAAUGUAAAUGAAUGUUUAUUUGGAAACAAUGGCAGAUCUUGGGCAUUAUAUUGUGACACAAACAGUUAUAUAUUUCUGCACAACAAUGUUAACACUGACCUCUCAGGUCCUCGGUCCUCCAGAGUAGGAGUGUACCUGGAUCACAGAGCAGGUAUUCUGUCUUUCUACAGCGUCUCUGAAACCAUGACUCUCCUCCACAGAGUCCAGACCACAUUCACUCAGCCGCUCUAUGCUGGACUUUUGCUUUUGUAUAAUGGAGACACUGCAGAGUUGAUUAAAGUCAAAUAGAGAAGACGGGUUCAUGUUGAUCCCUGACCAUUAUAUGUACUUGUGUAGUUUCUAAAUGAGGCUUUACAUUUUAGAAGCUGAGAAGUUCAGUGGUCCAUUGAUAUGUGAAAAUAAUAUUGCACGGAUUCAAACUGUACUUACAUUUAUAUACCUUACAUCAAUAUAAAUCUGAAUUUGUUCUUAUGGCUGAUAAUCAUGUGAGUUUAAAUGAUACUACUCUUCAUAUUCAGCAUGUUUGAAAUCUGUCAUCAGUCUGGUUAGUGGUUUUAUUCUGUAGUUGCUGUAGUGGGUUGUCAAAUGCAACAAUAUAUUGGAGCUGCAGUGAUUCAUCAGUUAGUCAAUGAUUAGAGAAUUGAUUGUUUUAUAAUUAUUUUAGUCACAUUUAAAGCUGAUUCCAGUUUCUGAAAUGUGAAGAUUGUUGAUUUUCUUGAUCAUAUAUGACUGUAAACUUAAUGUCUUUGAGGUUUGAACUUUUAAAAUGCGACAAAAAACUGAAUCCUUGAGGUUUUUGAUAUUAUGUUAUUAUUUUUUAUAUCUAGAUCAUUUGUCAUAUUUACUCAUGAAACGUUUGCUCACACUCGAUCAUUUAUACAUUUAAAUAUAAAAACUAAGUCAUACAGGCCUGUAUAUUGUGGAGGAUAGACAUGUUUCUUUGCCCUGAGCUGUGUCUGGCAGGCAGAGCGUCUCCACAAAUCUGAUGGUUCUGAUUUGGAGAAAAUAAGCCGAGGGCCACACCUGGUGGACAAACACAGACAUGAUAG